CAACCCACUUCCGGUCCAAGAGUUUGUAAACAAUGAAAGGAGAUAUGGAGUCGUCAAGAGGUCUUACCUAAAAAUAUUGCCCUGUACAGGCCAUAAUAAAUGCAUAUUAUAUGUCAUGCACGCCGUGCACAGCCGUAAGGAUUAAACCAACCGGGACGUAUCGGUUUUUAAGGAUUCCCGCUCUUUUAAACGUCUUUUGUGUGUGUGAAAAUCGGACAGCUGACUGGCGACGCGUUUGUUUUUCUACAUACUAGACAGACAUCAGACACAACGGGCUGCCGAAACAACGGUCCCUAAACACAACCGAGCACUGGCGAGUCUUUCAAAGGCCACCUAGACGUGAUUUUGGAGGGUUUGUCGUGUGGUGCAGGGUCAGCUCAAUGGGGAACUGUCUGUCUUCUCAAGGCGCUGAUGAUCUGUCCUUGCUUAACGAGUCCGAGGGGGCGAGUCUGCCUGGAGAGCCUCCGCCACCCUACCAGGAGCGGGCGCAGGUGCCAGUGUACCAUCCUACACCCAGUCAGACGCGGCUGGCCACUCAGCUGACAGAGGAGGAGCAGGUCCGUAUCGCUCAGCGCAUCGGCCUCAUCCAACACCUGCCCCGAGGGAUCUUCAACCCGGGCUCAGAGCCGUCAGACAAGAAGAUCAAAGAGUGUGUGAUCUGCAUGAUGGACUUUGAGUACAGCGACCCGAUCCGGUUCCUGCCCUGCAUGCACAUCUAUCACGUGGACUGCAUUGACACCUGGCUCAUGCGCUCCUUCACUUGCCCUUCCUGUAUGGAGCCCGUCGACGCUGCGCUGCUGUCUUCCUACGAGACGAACUGAGAGUGCCUGCGAAAAACCCAAGAGACGUGCCAAUGAGUCUGCCAAGAGCCCCGAAACGCUUGGGACAGUAGAUCGAACAAAUGAAGGUGGUGUGACUGUGUGUGUGUGUGUGUGUGUGUUCAGAGACUGUAAAAAUGUCCAGUGUUAAACUUAAAAGGCCCUGGAAGGAUGUUUAAAACCUCUCACUUGCAUGUCAAAGCGCUUUUCGAAUACAUAUACUACAUGUAAUUGAUGUAAAAGUGAAGUUUAGCAAGUUGGAAAACCAUAGAAGCAUCUCAAAAGCCAAUGCAAAUGAGUAAAUUAGGGUUAAAUAAAUUUAAUCAUAUACUUUUUUUCCUUUUCGUUUUAACCAAAUUCAUGAAAUGUGCAAUAUAUGCGAGAGGGACUCAUGUCCUUCUGAUUGGAUGUGGAACCCGCCCAUCGCCAAAAUCCCGCCAAUGAGAUCGUCCUUUGCUGAAUUUGACAAGUCUAGAGGGCGGAGUUUCAUUUCUGCAGGCUGUGAAUGUGCCUUUUACGGCUCACAAUUAGAACAGGCUGAAAAACCUUCAUUACAUGAGAGAAACCGAAUUUACGAGAAAACAUGUGCUAUGAUAAUGUUUAAGCUCGUGGUGCACUAACUGGUGCUUGAGGUGGUAGUUUUACAUACUUUUCCUAUAAUUUUCUCCGAUCUCUUUCCUCGAUCACUAUGGAUGGGUGCAUCCACAUCUAAAUAGCUUAAUAAAUGCAUUGUGAUAUGUCAUUUCGUGUGUAAUCGUCAUGGGGUUGGUGAUGAGGUUGUUUAGUGGUAGUUUUGCCUUGUCAGCUGCUGUUUUCCAGGUUCUGGGAUGUAAGUUGCCUUUUUACACUGGUUUUGGAUCAUCUUUCCCCUAAAUGCUUGUUGUUGGAUCCUGUUUGUCCCCACUUAGCUUUGCCUUGCCUUGUCUGUUUGGAUAGAUCCGUGGGGACCGUCUUCAGUAAUUUUCUUUCUUUAUUUUGGAAGAUAAUAUUAAUGAGACAGUCACCAAACUUUGUGCACCUUUCAAAUGUUGCAGACUUAAAGUCAGCCUUUACAGUGGAAGCUUUAAAGUUAUUCCUUGUUGUUUUCCUUUUUUUUUUUUUUUUUUUUGAACAUGGGAAAAAAAGCAGUACAUGCUUCGGUAAGUUUUGAUACUGUUCAUAAUGUCUUUGAGUCUUUUCUGUAUGUUAGCUGAAUAUAUGAUCUUAUACCUGUCACAGUUUGAACUGCUUGUGCAAAAAGGAAGAUUUUCACCUUUGUUGUUUUGUUUGCUCAGUUAUUGUGCUGGAUUAAUCAUGUUAAUCGGACUGAACUGUGUUAAGAGCCCCAUGUUUAGCCUGAAACUGUAUUCAUAAAAUAUUUCAUCCUGCUCAAGCUUCCCUCUGUAUCUCUGUACUGAACCAUUGUGACUUAAAAUGUGAUUGAAUACCGAGAACAGUGUCGGAAAAUCUCGAAAUCAACCUGUUAUUGCUCUUAGAUAUCAUAUUGGAUGAAUUACUUAAUUUUCUGUUAAUGAUUCAGAAUUGAAAUGUAGCUCUAGCACAACACAAAUGUAAAAAUAAAUGUAAUAAUUCUGUGAAGUACAAUCACGACAUUAUAUUUUGUUUCAGAAUAAAAUUAAAUUAAUUUUAAAAAAGAGUCGCUUGUUGGUGCCAUAAAUGUACGUUUGCCAACAAAAACAUUACCAGACAUACUAUUAAAAUGAUGUGUUUUGUUUAUGUGGAAUAAUGGCACAAG